GAAAGUGCACAUGAACUCUUGUGAACCUCUUGUGAGUCUGAACUGCUCCACAGCCCCCACCGGGCGGCAGGGUGGUCAGACGCGGGGGGGACACGCCCCAGCACGGCGUGGCGCGGCUCUUCCACGUCGCAGCUCGCCGCGGCCCCCGUACGGGUGGAGGAGGGAGGCAGGCAGCGUGCGUGUGCGAGCAAAGGCCGGGGAAAACAUGGCGGCGCCCGUCUUGAGAGUGUCCACCCCGCGGUGGGAGAGAAUAGCCCGGCUUCUCGUCUGCCUCUUAGGGAUCCUGCUGUCCUUGUACGCGUUUCACGUGGAGAGCGAGAAGUCCAGGGAUGCGAAUUACCGGGCCAUGUGCGACCUGAGCAACUCCAUAAGCUGCUCCAAAGUGUUCACCUCCAGAUGGGGUCGAGGAUUUGGAGUGUUGGGAUCCAUCUUUGGUAACAACAGUGCAAUAAACCAGCCAAACAGUGUCUACGGACUUUUCUUUUAUGUCUUUCAACUGUUAUUGGGUUUGACUGUGAGCGCAAUGGCUGCCCUCAUCCUCAUGACCACGUCCAUCGUGUCGGUGAUGGGCUCGCUGUACCUGGCCUACAUCCUGUACUUCGUCCUGAAAGACUUCUGCAUCAUCUGCAUCACAACAUAUGCACUGAACUUCAUUCUGCUCGUCCUCAACUACAAGCGACUGGUGUACUUGAACGAGGCCUGGAAGCAGCAGCUCACGGCCAAGCAGGACUAAAAAAAAAAGAAAAGGAUUUAAAAAAAGAAAAAGAAACGAGAAAAGAAAUGUGACCUCUGAACGUUUUUGACUUGCCACCAGGAGACCUUGUUUCCAAACAAAUGUUUAUUCUGCCGUUUAUGUCUCAAUCAAUUACAGAGAUAGGAAAAAAAAAAACAAGAAAACACACAAACCGACGAGAGUUUAAAGUCCUAGGGGCCACCGAUCACAAGUUCACGUGUUCAUGCUGACGAAGGAAGGAUUUGAAAGGGGGAGAGAAUAAAGUUUUGUCCUUUUUUUUCCUUUUUUUUUUUUUAAUUUCUCGUUCUGUGGUUUCUUCCCCUCACCCUGCAAAACAAAUACAAUCGAGGGAUGGGGCCUGACGGAAAAAGCGGAAGAAAGAAGAACACUUGCAGGAAAAAUCGACUAAGAAAACGGGCAGAGGAGGAGGAGGAUAUCCUGAGAAGAAAAGAAGAAACAAGGGGGGGAAGGAGGAGGAGGAAGCGUUAGAAAAGGAGUAGGACUUUUCAAAUGGUGCUUACUUGAAUCCAGCGGGACCGUUCCUGUAGACCUGAGCUGUACACUGAACUGAAUUAUGGGCUUUCUAAGAAUAAAGUGCAUGAUCAUGAGGUUUAUGUACGGUUAACAGAAAUAAUCCCAUUGUGAAAGUAAAAAAAAACAACAAAAAAAGGCAUAAAAAGGGGUAAACGACGUAAAAACACAAGACAAUAAAUUGUAUGUUUUUUUAUGUUUACAGUACUUUUUUUUUCUUUUCUUUUUCGAAAGAGGACCACUAAUUUUAAAACGUAUGGGAGAAAGUGAGACGUUUGUACACACGUGGAUCAGAUUCACUAUUUUCAUGUUUUUAUGUUUUGCAGUUCUGUAGCUAGCGGCGUAUUCACGUUUCAAGUCCAGUCUAGUUUGAGCGAUUAAAAAAAUGAAAGAAAAGAAAGAGUACAAAGUGCAGCAGCGUGAUGAUUGGCGAGGACGAACAAAAGCUAACUUUUUUUAAGGUUUACUUAACUAAGUUGAGUCGCGGCUUCUUCAUCUCGAUUUGUGUUGUAAAUCUACGAAUUUACACCGAACACUUUACGUUCCAGUUUUUUUUUCUUGUUUAUUGCUGUUAGAUUUCAUAGUCACCAACCAAGACCUAUUCCAACACUGUCAUUAUUAUUAUUUAAUUUUUUUAUUUUUAGGAUUUACCUUUUUGCCUAUUAGGAGUUUUUCUUAGUCCUAGGUCAGGAGGCUCAGUGUUUUCUUUGGCGGCGGGGGUGAAGAAACUGUCCACCCCACACAGUAAGGACAAGGCAAAACGAACACUUCUCUGUCUGUGAUGCCGAGCGUCCGCUCUCUCUCUCUCCACCCUGCUCCGGACGGCACGUUAGGACGAGCGUUCUCUUCUGUACUCUUUUGUAAAUAACUCUCUCUGUAUGUAAGCAUUCCUGAUCACACGGUAACAUUAAUUAUGUGCCUAAAAAUAUGAAUUACCUUCUUUUCUCUUUGUUUUUUUGUCUUUUACUUUUACUGUUGAACUGUUGUACUUCACUCUGUCCCUCCUUUCUUGAGCGAUGUUUUUCUAUUCUCGAUUUGUUUUUUCUUUCCACUUUUAGCCUCGAAACAUUGUCAACUGUCUGUCUUUUUCAAGCCCUAUCAGUCCCAUUCAAGGCUCUUGUAUAAAAGAACCCACAUGCUUACAACUAGACCCUGAGCAGUGCGUUUGUGAAGCGGACGAGAAUGAAAGAAUUGUUUGUUAUUUAUUGUCUCUAAAACGAUUGAUUUUCCCACAUUUUCUUUUUUUUUUUAAAUGAUGGCUGCUGUAUUACUCCUACAGUAUGUUGGGGGAGGGGGCGGGGCCAGCACAGUCCAUUGUAACCCCUACACACUACCUGCUGUAUGUACACAGUCUUGUCUUCUUGGAUGUGGAAACUGCAUUCCCCGUAAUCUACUCUCUAAUCUACACUCAGCCACUACCUCUCAGUAUUUCCCCACACCGGGUCUCCUGUACACAGACCCUGAAGUACAGCAAGUGCAGUGCGAUCAGGCAGGUCACAUGAGCCAGUUAAACCACCCUGUUCCACUGACCCCUUCUCCCUGACUGGUGAAUACAGUGUGUCCCUGAAUGUCGGCGGUGUGGGCGCAUUCUGUUUGGGAGCAAAGUGCAGCGUGUGGUGUUUUUUUUGUGUCUGUGCGUAUGGUACUGUUUAAAGAAUGCUUGUUGUUAAAAGUCUGUGUUGUUCUGAUUUCUUACAAGAUGUGAGUUUUUCUGAUUAUUUUUUUCCCCUCAGCCAAGUCUUCUCUGUAUACAAGCAGGAGGUAUAGCAUACAGAAAAAUCUAUACAGCUGUUUCUCAUCCUAAUUGAUGACUAGAGAUGUGUAUAUUCAGAACAGUGACUGUUGAAACAUGGACGCUGUGUUUCCGUUCCGUUCACUUCUAAAAAAUUUAAAGCCAAAAAUGACUGCUAUGUUGUAAAAUUUGCAACCAGAGUCUGAGCCAGACUUGCCUAAAUUAAUGUUUAAAUAGAACCGCGCCAUUUCUCCAGACCAAGCGUCUCAAAUUGCCUUCACUGAGUUUACAGGGCAGCCUAAAGGACCAGAAGGAAAGCAGGGGCAAACCCAGUUUGUCCAGAGAGUGUCUAGUAAUGUCUCAACAGUAAAAGUGCAGUUCAUGUAUUUUAUUAUCACUCACUGGUGACGAUUAAAAGAAGGAAAAUAAUGUUUUAA